AUGACCUUGGUUCUGCCACUGUUGGACUACUGUGGCCUGGUGUACCUUGAGCUACCAGAGUACCUCGCUACUAUGCUGCAGAGUGUUUGGCACGUGGCCAUACGAUUUGUUUUUGGCCUCCACCGUGACGAGCGAUUGGCACCUUUCCUCGAAAGGAUGGGCUGUGCCAGUCUCGAGGAAAGGAGAAGAUAUUUCGUGGGCCUACAGGUGUACCGGGCAGUAUCGCUGCGACGACCCCAUUACAUCAGCGAGGUGUUUCAGCGCCGAGACACGGGGAUGGCGCCGCAGACCAGGAGAAGUUCCCCGCCUCAACUGACGGUGCCUGAUUCGAGUUCAGAAAUGCGGCGGUGCUCCUUUUGCAUCAUGGGCCCGAGAGUGUGGAACGAGCUACCGCUGGCGGUUCGCAAUGCCGACUCGGUACCACAAUUUCGCCGCCGAUUGCGCGCCUACCUCGCGAGCUGCCGCUAA